ACAAAUCCACGACAACCGUGAAGGAAGGUGCGUUUGUGCUGAGGAGAGUGACGUGCUAAAGGUCAGGGCGGAGGGGCGGGGUCAGGCUUCCCGGCUGCAGAGCGUCAGGACGUGAAAAUAUGCUUUGCCUCGUUGCGUUUAUUGUGAAAGUGUGGAGCGGAAGUGACGUGUGCGUGUUGCGGUGGGCUUGACGGCGUCCCUCCCUGCAGCUCCUGCAGGAGAGAAGAGGAGGAGGAGGAGGAGAGGAGCCGCUGAAGGUCAACGCGCGUCCCUCCGCUCGGACGGUUUGCUCAUCGAUGCUUUCAUCAGGAUCGAUAUUUGACUGAUAACCGGAUCAGUUUUAAUAAUCAGUGCCGGAGAGGAGCCGCGUGACGUCAGAGGACAGAAGAGCCACAGCAUCCUCCUCUCCUCCAUCCCUGCCUGCCUGUCUCUCUCUCUCUCCCUGCCUGCCUGCCUGUCUCUCUCUCCCUGCCUGCCUGCCCGUCUCUCUCUCCCUGCCUGCCUGCCUGUCUCUCGGUCCGCCAUGGGGAACCGGGGCAUGGAGGACAUGAUCCCGCUGGUGAACCAGCUGCAGGACGCCUUCUCCUCUCUGGGGCAGAGCGCCAACCUGGACCUGCCGCAGAUCGCGGUGGUGGGCGGGCAGAGCGCCGGGAAGAGCUCCGUGCUGGAGAACUUCGUCGGCAAGGACUUCCUGCCUCGUGGGUCUGGGAUCGUCACUCGGCGCCCCCUGGUGUUGCAGCUCAUUACCUGUCCAACAGAGUACGCAGAGUUCCUGCACUGUAAAGGGAAGAAGUUCACCGACUUCGACGAGGUCCGGCAGGAGAUCGAGGCAGAAACCGACCGGGUCACCGGGCAGAACAAAGGAAUCAGUCCAGUACCCAUCAACCUGAGAGUGUAUUCACCUAACGUGCUGAACCUGACCCUGGUGGAUCUGCCCGGCAUGACGAAGGUGCCGGUGGGCGACCAGCCGGCCGACAUCGAGCAUCAGAUCAGGGAGAUGCUGAUGCAGUUCGUCACCAAGGACAACUGCCUCCUAUUGGCCGUCUCCCCCGCCAACUCCGACCUCGCCAACUCCGACGCCCUGAAGAUCGCCAAGGAGGUCGACCCGCAAGGCCUCAGGACUAUCGGUGUGAUCACCAAACUGGAUCUGAUGGAUGAAGGAACCGACGCCCGAGACAUUCUGGAGAACAAACUGCUGCCGCUCCGCAGAGGCUACAUCGGUGUGGUGAACCGCAGUCAGAAGGACAUUGACGGGAGGAAGGACAUCAACGCGGCGCUGCAGGCCGAGAGGAAGUUCUUCCUGUCACAUCCUGCAUAUCGCCACCUGGCCGACCGCAUGGGAACAGCUUUCCUGCAGAAAGUCCUCAACCAGCAACUGACCAAUCACAUCCGGGACACGUUGCCGGGGUUACGCAGCAAACUGCAGAGCCAGCUGCUGUCCAUCGAGAAGGAGGUGGAGGAAUACAAGAACUUCAGACCGGACGACCCGAGCAGGAAGACCAAGGCCCUGCUGCAGAUGGUGCAGCAGUUUGCGGUGGACUUUGAGAAGCGGAUCGAAGGUUCAGGAGAUCAGAUCGACACAUACGAACUUUCUGGAGGAGCAAAAAUCAACCGGAUCUUCCAUGAACGCUUCCCCUUUGAACUGGUCAAGCUGGAGAGUGAUGAGAAGACUCUGCGGAAGGAGAUCAGCUACGCCAUCAAGAACAUCCACGGCAUCAGGACCGGCCUGUUCACUCCUGACAUGGCGUUUGAGACCAUCGUGAAGCGUCUGAUCUCUCAGCUGAAGGAGCCGAGUCAGAAGUGUGUGGACAUGGUGAUCUCAGAGCUGGUCAACACCGUGAGGCAGUGCACGCAGAAGCUGGCUCAGUACCCGAUGCUGAGGGAGGAGAUGGAGCGAAUCGUCACACAGCACAUCAGAGACCGAGAGAGCCGGACCAAGGACCAGGUGAUGUUGUUGAUUGACAUCGAGUUGGCCUACAUGAACACCAACCAUGAAGACUUUAUCGGCUUCGCCAAUGCUCAGCAGAAGAGCAGUCAGAUGAACAAGAAGAAAGCAGCAGGGAAUCAGGAUGAGAUCAUGGUGAUCCGUAAAGGUUGGCUGACCAUCAACAACAUCGGCAUCAUGAAGGGCGGAGCUAAAGAGUACUGGUUCGUCCUGACAGCUGAGACACUGUCCUGGUACAAAGACGACGAGGAGAAGGAGAAGAAGUACAUGCUGCCUGUUGACAACCUGAAGCUGAAAGACAUCGAGAAGAGCUUCAUGUCCAGCAAACACAUCUUCGCUCUGUUCAACACCGAGCACAGGAAUGUGUAUAAGGACUACCGUCAGCUGGAACUGGCCAGUGAGUCUCAGGAGGAGGUGGACAGCUGGAAGGCUUCUUUCCUACGGGCCGGAGUGUACCCUGAACGCAGCGUGGACAAGGAGAAGGUGGAGGCGGAGGAGGUGAGCUCUGACGGGCAGAUCCACAGUCUGGACCCUCAGCUGGAGCGACAGGUGGAGAUCGUCAGGAACCUGGUGGACUCGUACCUGUCAAUCAUCCACCGCACCGUCCGGGACCUGAUCCCCAAGACCAUCAUGCACCUGAUGGUCAACAACACUAAAGAGUUCAUCCACGCCGACCUGCUGGCUCAGCUCUACUCCUGUGGAGACCAGAACACCCUGAUGGAGGAGUCCCAGGAGCAGGCGCAGCAUCGUGACGAGAUGCUGAGGAUGUACCACGCCCUGCGCGAGGGCUUGAGCAUCAUCGGUGACAUCAGCACCUCCACCAUCAGCACCGCCAUGCCGCCGCCCGUCGACGACUCCUGGCUGCAGGUGACCGGGAUGCCGUCCGGACGCAGGUCUCCCAUGUCCAGUCCGACCCCUCAGCGUCGGGCCCCCCCCGGUCCCCCUCGGCCAGGUGGGCGUGCGGCCCCUGGCCCCCCCUCUCGCCCUGCAGUGUCACCUGACCCCGGCGCCCCCUCCGUCCCCUCCAGGCCCAACAGAGCGCCACCUGGAGUCCCCAGAAUCUCUAUCAGUGACCAGUGAGGAUUUCACCAAUGUCGGCCGAGCAAAGGUAGCCCCGCCCACGGAGAGAGCCCCCAGUCCUCUAUUGAGGGUUAACACACACACACACACUCACACACACACACACACACACACACACACACACACACAAACACACACACUCACUGUGGGCUGUAUCCCCAGCAGCAGGACAGAAGCCAGGCUGUCUCUCUUUCCUCUGACUCUGUUUUACUGUGAACAACAACAACAACAACAACAACAACAACAAUAAUGAUGAUGAUGAUGAUGAUGAUGAUGAUGACAGUAAUAAUGAACGUCAUCACUGUCAAAACUGCAAUAUUCUGUGUGGCAGCGCGUGCAAACAUAAGAAGAGCAGCCGUAGUGGUGGUGGCGGUGGUGAACGUGUGAGGCCUCACAGCGUCAGGGUCACUGUGACGAGGCCACGUCUCACCUGUCUCUCUUUCAGACACUCACCUGUCUACAGGCACUGAGAUUCUGUGAUUCAAUGUUCAUUUUCAUUGAACAUUUGUUUUACCAGUAGGAUACCAUCAUCUACCCAUCUAUUCCAAUGGGAGUUUUUUCUCAUAAAUUAUUUCACAAAUUAUUUCACAGUUGUUUCAAAUUGGCUUCAAGUCAUGUCAAUAAACUAGAAAAGACAGACUUGUUUAAAGUCUAAAAUUACUUUAAUUUUGAAAAAAGGAGGAUAUUUGGGAUGUAACUUCCUGGUCGCGUCGCGUCGCUUCAGCUUCUUAUUUUUGCACGUGUUGUGGGAGCGCCUCCUGUCGUGGCUCGUGGUUUUGCUUGAGCGGCCCGUGCACGUGACAAAGACGUCAAGUUGCACCAGAGCAGCCACUCUGCUCCAACGCUGCUACCAAACCCUGUGCAGAGAUGGUGUACUGGUGAAGAGCCCUCACUCCCUCUGCAGCCACGUGCUGGCCUGCAGACAGACCCACCAGCUGUGCUCAAGCUCAAACUCUCAGACGGGUUGUGAUUGGUUUGAUUUGGUCCGCAAGAAGAUGCUCCCACAGUUACCAUGGCGACAACAGUGAGGCUGGCUGUCCGCGCGCCUGGAGGAAAUGUUUUUUUGUUUGUUUUAUUUUUGUAAUUUCUCUCUGUGACACUUUCUGUCUUGUAUUAAGAAAAGAAGAGACGGUCUGUUUAACACUGAAAUGUUUACAGUGUCGGGUUUACAUAUCAUUCUCUCUAUUUAUCAAUUAAUUUAUUAAUCUUGUUAUUUAUUGACUUAUUUAUUUGCUGUGGUUCCUGUUAAAGGGACAGUUCGACAUUGUGAACAUGAGGCUGUUGUUUCUCUUGAAACUGGAGAAUCUGCCGCUGAUCAGCUGGUUCACCAGCUAACGCCCACUUAGCGUUGUUAGCGGUUCUCAUUGAAACCAAUAGGCAGAGCUAGCAGCAAGCUCAAAUAGAAGCAGCUGAUGUUCACAGUGUGGCUGUUCAUCUGACCGUGUGUUCAUUUUGCAGAGCCUCCAUGACGUGCGCACACAUCAACCCGAGCAAACGGCAAAAUAAAUCUCUAUUGUCAUCACCCAGAAAUACCCAAAAGGCCUCAAACAGUUCCCAAAACGCUCAGUUACCCAAAAGUACCCAACAGCAAGCCCAUGGGGGUACUGUCGGGUACUGUCGGGUACUGUCGGGUGCUUUUCCCAUGUCAGACAGAGCAAAUGUCAAAAUAAUCUGCAUGUGUUAUGGAUUCUACUCUUCACCCAAAAGUACCCAAAAGUGCUCAGCUACUCAACAGUAGUAUCCAAAAGUACUGCAAAAGCCUCAAACAGCUACCCCAAAGUACCCCAAAAUGCUGAAACCCCUGAAACUCAAAAGUACCCAGAGGGUACAGAAAUGAAAAAGUACUCAAAAGUUCCAGAGGGUGUACUCCAAAGGCCUCAAACAGUGACUCAGUACUCCUAAGUUCUCAAGCACUUACAUUCAAGCAGCUCCAGAAAGUGGCACCUCGGGGCUCUUUGUGGACCAUCUGGGUACUUUCUGGUACUUUGGGGCAACAUUUGAGAUACUUUUUGGUACUUUCAGGUACUUUGGGGUAUUUAGGGGAACAUUUGAGAUACUUUCAGGUACUUUGGGUACAUUUGGGUACCUGUGUGUUUUGGCUGCUGGGGAUGUGAGGCUGGUGUGAACAGAGUGGCGGUGGCGGUGGCGGUGGCGGCGGCCCGGCAGACGGUGUGAGCUCUAAGCGCUGGUCUAUCUGUUCUCUCUGUGGUUGUGUUUGCUGUCGGUGUCGUGGUGCUUCUUUAGUGUUAGACCUGUAGCUCCGAGCUGCGUUCAACAAGCCCGUCUGCUCGCCGCGGCGCCCACGGCCCGCCGAGCACACGGUGACAUCACUCCUCCACAUCAGUGUUAGCAUGACAGGUAAACACAUUUAUUUCAAAUAGUGAUGUUUUAAAAAAAGAGUAAGUUUGAAUGUUAGCUAAUAAUUAGUAAGCUGUUGCUAGCUUGUUGAACGCAGCUCAUCCCCCAACACGUGACUGUGGAUAUUCCCCUCGAUAUGGUAUCAGUAUAAACAUGUAUAAUGUUUACAGAAUCUAUGGAGAAAAGUCUACUAUAUAUGUCCAGAGCAAAUACACAUAUCUAUGAAAUGAAAUAUAUAUGCAACAGUGGUAGUGUGUAUGUAUGUAUGUGUGUGUGUGUAGUGUGUGUAUGUGUGUGUUCUUGCAGACAUGUUGUGUAUCGUAGUGUCAUGUGACUCUGAGACGUGCUGAAUAAAGUUUGUGUGACUGAAGGCG